GACGUAGCGUGUGCGGCUUAGAGCAGCGCUCCGGAGAAACACGGCUGACUGUACACCGGUUACCUCCGCAGGGACUUUAGAGUAGACCCUAGCGCUACGUUACAGUGACAUUGUCUUGUUGGAAAAUAUUUGCGGUGGAGACAUAGGCCGAAAGGAGGUGAGGCGGCUGUGCUGCUGUGAACAAAGGAGAAAAAGAAGGGGGAGCGUUUUCCAGAAGGACCGCUAUCACAACAAAUUCACUGUCGCUCCAAACUGGUGGACAGACGGCUUAACUGUUCGCUCAUUAGGCCGAAACACUCCUACGCGUGGUGUUUUGAGGAGUGACAGGAGGUGACAUGGUGGACUACUAUACCAUCUUGGGAGUGUCCAAAACAGCCUCUCAGGAUGACAUUAAGAAGGCGUACAGGAAAUUGGCCUUGAAAUGGCAUCCUGACAAAAAUCCAGACAACAAGGAGGAAGCAGAGAAAAAGUUCAAAGAACUUGCAGAGGCCUAUGAAGUCUUAUCUGACAAGAGCAAACGUGAUGCAUACGACAGAUAUGGAAAUGACAGAAUGCGACAACCCGGUUCCUCCAGUUCAGACUUUUCAGAUUUCCCAGGAUUCACCUUCACAUUCCGCAGCCCAGAUGAGGUGUUCAGAGAGUUCUUUGGUGGACAGGAUCCCUUUGCCAGCUUCUUUGAUGACUUCUCAUUUGGAGGCUCAUCCUCUCGUCUCGGCCCCGGGCGAUUCUUCUCUUUUCCUUCAGCAGGAGUUGAAUUCAGCUCUUUCUCCAGUAACUUGGGUGGUCUGGAUGGGAUGGACAGCAUGGGUGGAGGGAUGGGCAACUUCAGAUCAGUUUCUACGUCCACUCGCAUCAUAAAUGGAAAACGCACCACCACCAAGAAGAUAAAGGAGAAUGGGCAGGAAAGAAUAGAGAUUGAGGAGGAUGGAGUGUUAAAGAGUGUUCUAAUUAAUGGUGUGGAAGAUGAAAUGGCACUCGCUCUGGAGCUGAGCCGACGAGAGGAACAGGCCACCCAGAAGCCACGACUCCAGAACAGAACCGCGGAGUCAGACAGAUCCCGCCUGAGCCCUUACACUUCACCCACACAUCGUUCAUUUAGCUCUGCCCCAUUCUACCACUACGGGGUUGCAGGAGGCAGUGAGGAUGAUGAGGAAGAUGAAGACCUGCAGAUGGCUUUGGCAUGCAGCCUGUCAGAAAUGGAAGCCCAGCAGAGAGCUGCUGCUAACGACUACAUAUCAGGUGCUCGGGGUGGGGGCAGAGCUGUGAGUGACAAAACUACUGGCCAUUUAGGUGGUGGGAUCACAAAUGUGCCUAGCAGGGAGGAGGCUGUUGCAGGGCAGAAACAUAAAGAGAACCAGUUUAAAUUGGUGCCUGGAGAUGGAUGUGAAAGUGUGGGAAAGAUAACUGUGGAGCCACACUUCUCUCCUGUGUCAUCCACAACUGCCAGCACUACACCGCUAAGCCAGUGCAGUGAGGAAAAGUUUAAACCUGUGAUAAAAAGUGAUAGCAGUGUGAAAAAGAAAAAGAAGUGUGGGUGUGUUCUCUCUUAAUGAAGUCUCUUUGUGGGUUUACUUUCUUUGGGAUGCCUUAUUAUACUGACCUCAGUGUUUGCCUUCAGCCAGCUCUAAUGUAAUGUGAAUUGCGCAGAUCUGUAUUUGAGACAGUGCCUAUAUCGAUGACAAGGCUUCACAUUCCUCAAAUGGAACAAGCAAGAUCUGUGGUUAUGUUUCCACAUUAUUGCAGGCAUUUAAAUUGUUUGGCUUCGUGGAUGCAAGCUGGUGCGGAGGAUUGCUUAUGAAUGUGAAUUUGCCAGAAAUUUACAUAGAUGGAAAAACUGAAUUAAGUGGUGAUUUAGAUCUGCUGUACAAAUGCCAAAAUAUGGUGUUUCAUGAGGACAGGUUUAAGUUUUAAACCUCGGGAAGAGAU